CGUUAGCUUCCGUGAUUGCUGAACAAUUAUUCCGAAUUGCUGCAGUGUUGUGAACCGGUAUUUUCCGGCGUUUUACGGAUUAAUACGAGAUAUGGGUCAUCAUAUUUUUACAAUGGAUUUUUGCAUAAGAAACAGUUUUGUGUUAUUGUUGCUAGUGAUUUGUUUUGAGGAUUCAUUAUGCAUUCGGAUACCUUCUGUAAAAAUCACGGAAAUAAGAGCGUUAUCACAAAGAAAAUUGGUAAUAUCCUGGCUCCCUAGCUUUACACCAAAAAGGGGCAAAUUAGCCUAUGUCAUAAGAUAUAAGGAAUUGAAUGGACCAACAGAGCGAAUUGCAACUGACGAAAUGAGAACCAUUAUAAAACGACUAAAGCCGGGCACCAAAUACUUCGUGAAUGUCCGGGCAGUAGUCGGGAAAAAUCGGGAACAUCGGGGAGAUUGGUCGGACUCAGUUUCCAUUGUGACGUUAAAACGAAAUGCAAAGACUGACGACGACGACACAGCCAUCAUUGUAGAGGACAUAACAGAUAGAUCUGCCAAGUUUAUUCUCAAUAUGACAGAGGGAAGUUUGGAUACAGACGGUUUUAGAGGUUACCAAUACCGUGUGAAGACUGGGAAUUACAAAAAAGAAAUUAUAUCCAGUGUGACUAGCCUGUCAUGGAAUGAUCUGCGGCCGAAUACAGAAUAUUCCUUAUCUGUGUCCGUCAUUGAUAAAACAGGUGACACUUCUAGAUUGGGACGAGUUAAGUUUCGAACAUUAAGGAAGGCUGCAAAAAUGAAUGGAAAAGUUAUGAAGCUCAAAACUGUGAAAGAUACGUCGAUAGCAUUACGUUGGAAGCGAGUACAAGAUAUUGAACUCUACUUGCUUUUAUAUAAGAAUGUGGAUGCAGGCAGUGACUGGUGUGAAAUAUUUGUUGGAAACGCAUCUAAAAGCCACAGGAUCAAAGAUUUGAAACAUGCAACAAAUUAUGUGAUAAAAAUAGCCACGGUUAGCGACAACAUUACCGAGCUAUCUGAUUGGAUGAACGUAACGACUCUUGGCCUAUCGGAAGAAAAUGGGCGUGCUCAGGUUUACAACCUAACAUUUGAAAGUGUUUUGAUUGGCUGGCCAUAUUAUGACGUUGAUGUUUGGAACGUGCUUGUAUUCGACAGAGACAAUAUAGUUCGGAACGUUACACAUAACACAACCAAAGAUAGCAUUCAAAGUAAUAACCUCAUUAUAUCGGGUUUGAAUCCGAAUACCAAAUACAGGCUGGAUAUUUCAACUAGAGACAGCUGUGGUCCAUAUAUAGUUCAACUCUUUUGGACGGCAGAAGAAAACUAUGCCGAAGAAUGCUCGCCAAUCACAAGACAGCCGGACACGAGGUUGAGAAUGUUCACUUUACCAGACCGGACAUAUUUCAUCACAUGGAAUCCCCAAAUCUGGAACUUGGAUCAUAAAACGGAUGACUAUGUUACAGUUAUUCGAAUUUUAGGUGAACCAUUUCUUCACCCUAUCAGAACACACGUAGUUGACAAAGGUCAUCUCCACUUGCACCUUAAUGACCUUGACAUUUCAAGGACAUACUUAAUCAAUCUGAUGAUGUUUGCACUCGAAGACGGGAGAAAGCCUCAUAUUGAUCAGAAAAUAUCAUUUAUUCCUAAAGAUGGUGUUCCAGACAUGCCUAAAAUUCCUUUCUUUGGAACCAGCGUUGAUGAAGUUAUUGAAGGUCACAUCGAGGCCAAAGACAGGGACAACGACACCUACAUCCACGAAAUUGUGGAUGCGAACUUCACAGUAAUUUCAAAGUUAGAAGCUAACCCCGUAGAUAUUUCACCACCAAUAGUGUCUCCUCCUGGCCAGAUGUUCGCAGUUGAAGGUGAAAGACUGGACAUCAAGUGUGACAGCCGCGGAGAUCCCUACCCUACCAUUCUGUGGAGAACUAUUUCUGAGAAUGAUAUCAUUACCCAGUGUGAUAGUCCCAACAGGACCAUAUCGAUUACAUCACAGCGAUAUGUUAGCGUUGACCCUAACUCGGGCAUCACUUUCCUCGGGACUCGAAGUUUUCUCACCAUUGAUCCAUUGACCCACGAGGACGAGGGGUUGUACAGUUGUCUGGCUGCCAACCCUGGAAACAUGACUGUCACUGGGUUCACGCUGGUUGUUGAUCCCUCUCCUCCUCGCAAAGUAAGCUUUCUCCAAGCCGUGUCUCCAACACCAUUUAAAAUCAAAGUCACGUGGCAAAAGCCUGAUCCAAUCACAGGUCACCCACGUGGUCAGGUGAUAUCAUACCACGUGGCUUUAGCGGACCAAUACAAUUUCGAACUGAUGGGAAUAAACCAAACAGGGACAGGGAUCGUGUUCGAUGACUUGAUUCCAAACAGUUGGUAUCAUGUCUACGUAUGGGCCUAUAACAUGGCAUCACUGGGUGACGUUGCCAGGGUGACGGUGUCAACACAAAGUAUACCUCAUCUUAGUCCUCCAUCCGAUGUCAACACCGUUACUCUGAACGCCACAACAAUGAAGAUCUCCUGGACACCGCCGCUAGAAGUUCAACACGACCAGAUACGCAUGAGGGGGUAUAUGUUUCAUCACAGGAAAUACGGUAGCCUCGACGUGGAAGAAAUGGCCAUCGGGCGGAUAUUUACCAAUAUUUCUAUCAUAGGUCUGGAACCGGAACGAAAGUACGAAGUGAAGGUUGUUUCCUUGUCAGAGGACGGUCAACGGUCGGAGUCAGACUGGGUGUUGGCCAACACUUCCAGAGAGUCGUAUAUGAAUGAAACCGUUCCCCCUCCCCCACCACAAAGUGUAUUCCUACGCGCCGAGGACGAUAACAUUAUCGUCUCCUGGCUAAAAUCCGACCCCGAAGCCAACAUCCUCGUGCGGGGGUACCUAAUAGAGGUCUACCACAACAAGACGAAGAGCGAGGCCAUGAAAGUUGGGCAUAGCGAGAGUAGUGUGAUACUGUAUGAAGUAGAUAUGGGCGUGUUGUACCAGAUAUCAGUGAAAGCAUUCAACAACGUUGAUUACAGCGUGGACCAAUGGGAAGAGCUCUAUAUCCCGAUUCAGUAUGUCUCUAAGGAAUCUGUCCAGAACUUUACCGGUGUCGCCCUAUCAUCCACACAACUUCUCCUGCAUUGGGAACCACCCGGUUCCGGGCUAUAUAACCGCUUCGUGUUGUCGUACACCUGGGCGGGGGACGAUAAACCUGCUUUACCUGGUGGUGGAAUAAUUCCCCCUGAACGGAGCGAAUAUGUUGUUAGGUCUCUCAGACCAUACACUGAGUACGUGUUCAGCAUCACACCAUACUUACGCCAUCUUAAAGGCGUCUCGGCUGACGCUACUGUACGAACGUUGACGGAUAAACCGUCAAUGCCACCCCAUAACGUUUCGCUAACCCCAAUUAAUUCAUCGACCAUCCAUAUUCAUGGCAGUCCUCCAUUAACGGGUAAAAACGGACCUAUACUAGAAUACAGGAUAUCGUACAGAAGUCAGAGAGCGAGGGAUUCGUUCAUCGUUCCUGCAGAUGAAAACGAGACCUUGAAUUAUUACCUAACAGAUUUGGAACCAGUCACGGUGUACGAGUUGCGAGUUCGGGCCUUAACGGUGAAUGGGUCUGGCCCGUGGACGUUCUGGUUGCAAGCUAAGACGCUACAAAGAGAACCAGUUAUGCCUAAACCACCAAGAAAUCUUACGACGUUGGUGACGUCACACUCCGUGACCUUGACCUGGUUGCCGCCGUUGCAACCACUCAGAGAUAUCACGGGUUAUCUUGUGGGUCAAGGCAGAUUUAUACCGGAAGUCCUCAGAGUGAGCCUGACCAAUCAGGAUAUCAGUUACACGUUUGAAAAUCUAGAACCAAGCAGUUCCUACAUCCUGAGUGUUCGUACCUUCAAUGACUUCGCCGAGAGCGCUGCCGAAUUUAAAAUAGUCACAACACUCGGUACAUGAUCGCAGCGACACUCUAAUUGAAGAUGUCGUCCCUGUGGCAAACGUGAACCUACGGUCGCAGCGAUGUUCUAAUGAAUAAAGUGUGAUUGUACUGACAGAAAGUGAUUGCCCUUGUGAUUAAAAAUAUUUACGUUAUGUUAUAUGAGGCGAUGCUUAAAUGAGAACUUUUCUAUUUAAGGAGUAACCAUGGUUACUGCGGCCAGCAGUCGUGGACCAUAUUUGCUUCACCACAGCGGACUGAUACUUGCCUAGGGAUGUUUGUAUCUAAAAGACAUCUUGUAUGUACCAUGGAAACGUGACGCCGGUCAUGUUUUAAUUACAACUAUGUGCAAUGUAUCAAUAUUUCUAGUACAUGUAU